AUGUGGCGGGGCCUGGCUCAGCUCUGUGCCUGGAUCCUGUCUGUGUGCUCACUGGCUCUGACACCAGCCCAGGCGUGCAGGGAGCUCCGGGCACUGCCUUCCCACAGAAGAAGCAGCAGAGAUGUUUAUUCUCCAGCUCCUGUUGACUGUCAGCUGAGCCAGUGGUCAGGAUGGACUGAUUGCUUCCCUUGCCAAGAGAAAAAACACCGGUACCGGCGGCUGGAGCGGCCGGCAGCGUUCGGAGGGCGACGCUGUGCAGGGCACCUCUGGGAUGAGCAAGCCUGCCGGGCUGAGACACCCUGCUCAGGGCCACCGGGGUGUGGGCAGGACUUCCAGUGCAAGGAAACAGGGCGCUGCAUUCAACGGCAUCUCGUGUGCAACGGAGACUGGGACUGCAGAGAUGGGUCUGAUGAGGAUAAUUGUGAGGAUGAAGAUAUUGAAAGCCCUUGUGAACAUCUGUUCCCAAUCCCAGGGGUGGAAAAAAUAGUCCAAGGGCACAACAUCCUGACAGAGGAAGGGAGGCAGAACAUUUAUGACCCGGGGUAUUUUGGAGGGCUCUGUGAGUACGUGUACAACGGGGAGUGGCGGGAGCUGCGCUACGACGCCGCCUGCGAGCGCCUGCACUACGGCGAUGAUGAGAAGUAUUUCCGCAAGCCCUACAACCUCCACCUGUACCAGUUCAUGGCUCAUGCUGAUUCUGGGUUUGCUUUUGAGUUUUACGACGAUUCAAAGGACCUGCUUGACGCCCUUAAAAGUGAUAAAUCCAAAACAACAGGCUUCACCAUUGGAAUUGGGCCUGGAGCUGCAGAUCUCAUGUUAAACCUGGGCCUCACUUUAUCAGGUGGUAAAGGAUCCCUGAAGAAUUUCACACAAUACGAUGCAAAGAAUGUUGGGUUCAUUAGAGCUGUGACCAAGGUGCAGACAGCCCGCUUCAAGAUGAGAAGGGACAACAUUGUUUUGGAUGAAGAUGUGCUGCUCUCCCUGCAGGAGCUCCCAGACACCUACAACCAUGGCAUGUAUGCCAAAUUCAUCAACGACUACGGCACCCACUUCAUGACAUCUGGCACCAUGGGGGGGGUCUUUGAGUACAUCCUUGUCAUCAAUAAGGAGGAAAUGCGAAGAAAAGCUAUCAGCAUGGAGGAGAUAAGUGCCUGUGUUGGGCUGUCCCUUGGCAUUACAGCCAGCAAGAAGAACCUGGAUCUGGGAGUAACCUUGACACACUCUGACUGCAAACAGAAAGGACUCCUGAAUACUGAUGCUGGGAGCCACAGUGCAGUUGUGGAAGAUAUUAUUCCCCGGAUUAGAGGGGGAGAUACCAGUUCCAGUGGAGGGCUCCUGAAGAGUUGGGAUGGCAAAAUGUAUCGUCACUGGGGCAGGUCAUUAAAAUAUAAUCCUGCUGUUAUUGAUUUCCAGCUGCAGCCCAUCCACGAAAUCCUGCGGAGGAGCAGCCUCGGCCACAUGAAGAACAAGGAGCAGCACCUGAGGAGGGCUCUGGGUGAGUUCCUGCUGGAAUUCAGCUCCUGUCGCUGCGGGCCCUGCCACAACAACGGGGUGCCCGUGCUGCUGGGGGACAGCUGCUCCUGCCACUGCCGCCCUGGGGACCGAGGAGCCGCCUGCCAGCUCACCCAGCGCCCAGGUGGUGAGACGGACGGGCGCUGGAGCUGCUGGUCGGGCUGGUCCCCGUGCCAGGCGGGGACGGCGCGGCGCAGCCGGCACUGCUCCAACCCUGCCCCGCAGCACGGCGGGCAGCCCUGUGCUGGCAGGGACCUCCAGAGCAGAGCCUGCUGA